UUCUUCUAUUGAUGUUUGGAAUCUGAACAUAUCUUUUCGCUUUUUUUGCUUUGUUCUACCUCUUUUGGCUAUAUUCCUUAUUUCAAAAACAGCAUUAUACCGUCCCCUAUCACCCAUGAUGUCGCCAGCUGGAGCUAACCGAGAACUCGUUGCCAUUGUAGUUAACCUCAGAGAAGAACGUUGCCUUCAAAAAUGCCUGCAGACCAUCGACAUGGAGAGAAAAUACUCAUCGAAAGUUUUUGAACUUGACUUGCGCAUUCUGAAAGUUUAUUUGAAAGGACUGAGAGAGAGAAUUUCCCACAUCAAAUCUAACCUUACUGCUGAAGAAAUAUGUCAGGUAAGGGAGUUGGAGGCUCAAGAGAAACUUGGUAAUCAUUUCCCUUCUGCAGUUUCAACCAGUGCUUUAAAAAUUGCUGCUGCUUACAGGUGCCUGAAACUGGAACCGAAUAUUACACUUCAGGAAGUUUCAAAGUUGGCAGUGAAAAAUUUCCUUUUUGGACAAGAUGAAAGUAUUUUGAGUUCUAUAAGCUCCGAAGAAAGUGCUGAAGAAAUGAUGCAAAUCGGUAGGGGUGAGAAUAAAAUAAGUAGCUUAUCAGCAUUACUAAAUACAUCUAAGAGAAGAAAUAGCGUCCGACUGCGACCAGCGACAUCAGUUUUGAGUAAAAGAGACAAACAAACAGCUCAAAUUACACGACCAAAGACAGCACCCAUCCCUCCUGACAUGAAGUUUUCAUCACACAUAGAAUAUACCAAGCCUUCAUCUAUAGAUUAUUUACAGAAUACUGAGACAACAUGGCAAACGGAAUUUGAUAGCGAUAUUGCUGGAUGUCAUUUUGGUGAACACCAGUCUGAAGAAAAACGAAAGAGAUGUUUGCAGAGCGAAGUUAACAAAUGCAAAGACCUCAAUAACAAAACAAAAAAUUUCCUUGACAACCUGGACAGUUUUGUAUCUGCGUCUGAGAAAAAUACUAGACUAUACCUAAACAAAGCAUCAACAGAUGACACCCUAUUUCGUAAAGGUAUGUUAAGCCCUAAGAAUAAACAACUGAGAAAAUCUCAACAGGCAAUUCAUUUCAAUUCAGUUGUGGAAACGAAGCCGACUGAAGAUCACCAAGAAAAGCCGAUUAAAGUUUGGAAAGAUCUAAACAAAUGUCGUUAUUUAAGAGUCUCUGAUGACAUGCUUGAUUUAUCAGGGGUAGUCACAUUGGCAAAAGAUCACAUGAAACAAAUGUCUAAUUUACAUAAUUUAUAAGUUUAUAAUCUUCUUAUUUUACUUGAAAAAGUUAUUCCUUUUCUAUAGAGACACUUGAUCUUAAUUACUUUUUAUCUUUGCUUUCUUAUCAUUGGUAUAUUUCUCAAAUCGGACAGAAUAAAAUGACCAAGAUUAAUACAAACAUUGCCUAAUUUGGCACUCAACUAAUUAGAUGAAUUAUUGGAAGAGGAUUAAAACGAAUUAGGUGGCCAUCGGUUGAAAGAACAAUUCUAAAGUGAGGAAGAAAGAGGAUGACGGGAAUCUGAAGAGAAAGACGGAGAGAAGGAGAGUAACAAUAUAUAGAAAGAGAAUAAUGGAUUCUGUGGAAAAUUCAAGUCAUUUUCCAGUUAAUAAUUGCUCUAGUAUGUUAUACAUAGUAUCAGUUAUACAAUGUUAUGUAGCAUUAGCCAUUAUUUAGUAUCAGUGUUAUACAGCAAGCUGACAAUAAACGAUGGUGAUGCUUACAGUAUUAUAUACUAUCGGUACAAUGUCAUAUAUUUUCAGUACAUUGUUUUAUAUAAUAUUGGUACAGAGUUAUGCAGUGUCAGUGCAGUGUUAUGUAGUUCAGGAGAACAGCAAAUUGACGGAUAUUAAGAAAAAGUAGUUUUAUAUUAUAAAAACCCGAAAAAUAAAAAAAGAUCACACAAUGGAACAAUUAAAGAACAUAUUGCUUGCUCGCGCAUUGCAGUUAUAAUAGUAUUUUCAAACACUCCACAAUCACCACCACCAUGCUCAUAUGUGUUAUUGUGCCAUCACCAUUCAGAUCCUUUCAAGUUAUUGUUGGAUAGCUUUUCUGAUGUGACCAUUCUUCUUGACAGCAAACCAAAGUCAAAGUCAACAGGAUUGACAAUGUUUCGAUUGUGGUUCCUAAUAUAAUUGUCAGAUACAUAUGAUGAUAGUCGUUGCCGUCAAUCUUCCAACUCGUGUGGACCAAAUGGUUUGACGGGAUCUGACAGGUUAGCUGACUGGUUUGUGCUCCAUAUUUUGGGCAUUACCAUACUAAAGUUUUAACAUUUAUCAGCAAAGCCCACAAGAUUAUCCACCAUCUUUCCAACAACAACUUUGGCCACUGUUUGAGUUCAAUAUCUCUACCACCCAUUGACAGGCUUAUAAAAUCAAAAAAACGAUGCAACAUCCAUGACUUUUAGAAACAUUUUUCAUGCUUAGUAUUGUCAAAGCAUAGAAUAAGCAUCCCACAUCAGGUUGUCAGCUAUGUAAGGACACUAUAUCCUUCAAAUGUUUCAUGCUUUAUGAAAUUCAUCAACACCCUAUGCACCCUUUCCUUUUCAUGGCUCUUUUACUGCUCACUUUUCUAUCUUCUUGUCUUUUAUCUUGUCUACAAUAUUUGUACUUUUGGCUAUCAUUUGCUGUUUUCUGUCUCCAUUUUUUUUACCCUUUUCUAACAAAGUUGUACAACACCUGAACGCUGUAAGCUAUCUUUUUUUUAAAUUUUUCUUAGUAAUGUAUAUCAAACCUUUUGAAGUGUUAAAGUGAAUAUUCUGGUAGACCAAGCAAACAUAAACAGUUUAUGUAAUACAUUUUAACAUUUAACAACCAUCCCAAGUAUGAGAGGAAUAGCAACUGCAUAAUUUGAGGAGACGAAAAAUGAAUAUGAUUUUUUAAGGAAUUAACUUUUAAUUAAUCUAAUAAAAUCAUUAAUAAAUAAUAAUAACCAUUAAGAACUAUCAAAGAAAUUUUCUUUUGUGAGCAAAAAGUGAAGUAUUUUCAAUUGGAAGUAAGGGAAAUAAUUCAUAUUUAUUCAAGGGAAACAACUAAAUAAAUUUUUCUGAUCAUUUGAAAAUAUAUUUCCAAAA